CACAACUGCUAUAGGUGCAGUCUGCCUGGGCUUUCACAGAGGUCCCUGGGAUGCGCUGACCAAGUCCUUGGGAUUUGGCUGUAAGCAGUAGGACCAGAGCUUUCCUUGAGUAGCAGAUUCAGGCGCUUUAGCGGUGAGACACUCGCCUUUCUCUUCGGGGCUGUUUUCUUAACACCUAGAUCAGCACCAUCUCAUGCAGGGAAGCUGAGAAAUGCUACAGGUUGAGGAUGAGUAGGAAGGGAGAAGGGAGUGGUUGUUAUGGUGUGGGUGGGGUGAAGGAGGCGACCCCAGCCCCCAGGAGGGAAGGUCACUGAAGGUAAGCCUUUUGUGGUGGCACUUCUGCAGUCAGGUUCAGGGACCUCCCUUGCCCUGGGUGUGCUGGCCUGUUUCCCUUUCAAUUCCUCCCUGGUCCUGUGUCCCGGGCCUUGGUUUCCCCUCUGUGAGAGUCAAGCUGUUCCUCCCUGGAGGGCCUGGGCUUCUGCUUCUCCAUUGUUCCUGUGCCCUGGACCCUUCCCUUGCUGGAGUUGUCCACCAUGGGGCUUCCUCUAGGUUAGGAUUGGUCCAUGCCCUGCUGUGGGGAGAGGAAGAGAGAAGGAAAAUGCCAGCUGCUUUGUGGCUGUCCCACUUCCAGCCAGGCUCUGAAAAGCUGAGUGGUUUCUCGAGGUGGCUUGGCUGGGAUGUCUGGACCGCGGCCCGUGGUCCUGAGUGGGCCAUCAGGAGCUGGGAAAAGUACUCUGCUGAAGAGGCUCCUGCAGGAGCACAGAGGCAUCUUUGGCUUCAGCGUGUCCCACACCACGAGGAACCCUCGGCCUGGAGAGGAGAACGGCAAAGAUUACUACUUUGUGACCAGGGAAGUGAUGCAGCGGGACAUCGCUGCGGGGGACUUCAUUGAGCAUGCUGAGUUCUCGGGGAACCUGUAUGGGACCAGGAGCAGCGUCUGCGGUUGCGGAACACAGAGACGGAGGAGAGUUUGUCCAAGCGGCUCACUGCCGCUCGGGCUGACAUGGAGAGCAGCAAGGAGCCCGGCCUUUUUGACCUGGUCAUCGUCAAUGACAACCUGGACAAAGCCUACCACGCCCUGGAGGAGGCACUCUUGGAGGAAAUCAAGAAGGCUCAGGGAAGCUGUCACUCCUGAGGAGGCCCCAGCUGAGUCCUUGCAGGCAGGACCACCCUGCCCCCCUGCCCCAUGGCCCCUCCUGUGGGAUCUGGGCCAAUAUCCUAAUAAAGAGCUGCUGGGUUACAGCAUACGCAAGCCUGUGGAGUUCUGCCUGGAUCUGUGCACUUCUUCCCUGCUCUUUGCAGCCCCACCCCUAAUCAGCCAGCCCCAGGAGGGCUGCAGGGAGCAGUUUCUGGGAGACCAGCUAUGGCCACCAGGUGGGUCCCUUGGGUCUUGAGGGUUGGGUGCAGAG